AUACAGACUGCUUAUACAAACAUUUGUGAAGGACUGUGCAAUAAGUCCAUCCGUGAAAUUUUAUUGCUACUAAAUAUUCCACGGUCAACUGUUAGUGGUAUUAUAACAAAAUGGAAGCAACUGGGAACAACAGCAACUCAGCCACGAAGUGGUAAGCCAUGUAAAAUGACAGAGGGGUCUGUGCAAGCUGAAGCGCACAGUGCGCGCAGAAGUCGGCAACUGUCUGCAGAGUCAAUAGGUAAAGACCUCCAAAUUUGGUGUGGCCUUCAGCCACAACAGUACGUAGGCUUCAUGGAAUGGGUUUCCAUGACCGAGCAGCUGUAUCCAAGCCUUACAUCACCAAGUGCAAUGGCAAAGAGUCGAAUGCAGUGGUGUAAAGCCCGCCACCAACAGACUCUA